ACCAAGUUCCCUCCUUCUUUCCUUCCCUCGUAUUCUGCUCACUUUCUCUCUCCCGCUUUUUUUUUUUGGGUUAUUUAUUUUCCCUCUAUCCCCAAAUCAAACUCACAGAUCUCUCCCCCGAUUCUCAUCCAUUUCUUCUCCAAUUCCACGAAUCCUUUUCUAGCGAUUUCUCACGCCUGCUCUUUCUAUAGAUCCUCGCUUUCUACCUAAAAAGUAUCUAAAAACCCCUGAAUUAUUUUCCAUUUUCGUUAUUUUUUACUUCUUUUCUGCAUUUUUAUCCUGAUGUCGAAUUCCCAACCGCCAAACCCAUCGACAAGGCAGCCGCAGCAGAACACUAUGCAGAAUCCCUUGAAACGGCAGCUUCCUUUCACUUCUAUGAAGCCGCCCUUCUUGGCUCCCGGUGACUAUCAUCGGUUCAACACUGAGCCUCGCCGAGUUGUCGAUCAUGAAGUUGAGACCAUCAUUGUUAAACCUCCUCCAUUAAAGCGGAAGAGUGAUGCAGCAGAUCAUGAAGCUGAGUCCAGUGAGGGGAACACUAGUGCUGGCUUCACAGAAGUAGUUAAUAGUCCCCUCCAGACACCUGGAAAAGGUGGAAAGGCACCUAAAACAUCUAGGCUUUCAAAGAGCAGUAAAUCUGGACCCCAGAAUGCCACUUCAAAUAUUGGUUCUCCUGGAAAUAAUCUUACUCCAUCUGGUCCCUGUCGUUAUGACAGUUCCCUAGGUCUCUUGACAAAAAAGUUCAUCAAUUUGAUCAAACAUGCUGAAGAUGGUAUUCUUGAUCUUAACAAAGCUGCUGACACUUUGGAGGUGCAAAAGCGGCGUAUUUAUGACAUAACAAAUGUUCUAGAAGGAAUUGGUCUCAUAGAAAAGAAACUCAAGAACAGAAUUCAGUGGAAGGGACUUGAUGUCGCUAGGCCAGGGGAAGCGGAUGAGAAUGUUGCUAGUUUGCAGGCAGAAGUUGAAAACCUUAACAUUGAGGAGCACAGACUAGACGAACAAAUAAGAGAAAUGCAAGAAAGAUUAAGGGACCUCAGUGAAGAUGAAAAUAAUCAAAAGUGGCUUUUUGUCACCGAGGAAGACAUCAAGAGCUUACCCUGCUUCCAGAAUGAAACCUUGAUAGCAAUUAAAGCUCCACAUGGCACUACUCUGGAAGUCCCAGAUCCUGAUGAGCAGGCUGUUGACUAUCCCCAGAGGAGAUACAGGAUAGUCCUUAGAAGUACAAUGGGUCCCAUAGAUGUUUAUCUUGUCAGUCAAUUUGAGGAGAAAUUCGAGGAGAUUCAUGGCAUUGAGCCAACCCCAAAUUAUCCAUCAACUUCAAGCUUUGUUGAAAAUCUAGCAACUACGAUGGUUCCGGGGGAGAGCAGGGGAAAGGUGAUCGAAAUGCAGGGAGAAGAGGCUCAUAGAAUGUGCUCGGAUCUUAACACCUCGCAGGAUUUUGUGAGUGGGAUCAUGAAGAUUGUUCCCUCAGAUGUAGAUAGUAAUGCGGAUUACUGGCUGUUGUCAGAUGCUGGUGUUAGUAUCACAGACAUGUGGCCCACUGAACCUGGGGUUGAAUGGAAUGAAUUUGGAACACUCAAUGAUGAUUAUGGCAUGGCAAAUGUCAGCACUCCUCGAUCCCAAACUCCACCAUCCAAUCAAACAGAAGUUCCUUCCUCUGCUAAUAAUAGUGCAGGGUGAAAUGAAAAUGUUGAAAAGAAACGAGGGCUUAUUUUGAUUGCAAAUCAAUGAUGUGUGUGCUUGCGCAUGGCCUUGAGCGGUUGUGACUACUAUGGGGAUUGGACUGGUGGUUCCUGGGAUUUGUGUCAUAAAUGCCCUUGAACUCCUGAUGUAGAAGUGAAGAAUGGAUAGUAGUAGUAGCUCGUGCAUUGUACAGCGCAAGUAAUAUAGCAGUCCAUGUAAUCCUGGAGGAAAUAAGAUCGCUGGUUUACUUCUGAGUUCAUCCUUGUAUAUUGCUCCAAUUUCGGUUGUGUUACAUUCAGUAAUUAUGUAAGAUAUAAUGUGAUGGCAAAUGGAAUUGAAUAGAUUCUUCUUUUUCACAAUA